ACACGUCACAGUCAUCGUCCGUCCGCCGGCGCGACAACUGCUCAUGCGCGUUCCGACAGAGUUCAAUAACAAUAAUAAGUGUGCAUAAUAUAGUCAUAGUGUUCGAAUUUCAUCGAGUCAAAGCGACACUCGAAGCGCGUGAAAUGGCGAUCGCGUUGUCGUCGUCUCGGCUGUUGUUGUCCUUGUUGUGCGCCGCGAGUUGUUGCGUGCUGUCGUCGACUGCGGAACGUUUGCACAAGCGCCGCGUUGUAGACUUUGCCGGAUUUUCUUCUGCCGGUCACCAGCAACAGGGAUACGACUUCGGUGCCGGUCACGACCAGCAACAGGAAUACGACUCCGGCGCCGGUCACGACCAGCAACAGGAAUACGACUCCCAUGCUGGCCACAACCAGCAACAGGGAUACGACUUCGGCGCUGGCCACGACCAGCAACAGGGAUACGACUUCGGCGCUGGUCACAAACAGCAACAGGAAUACGACUUCGGUGCUGGUCACAAACAGCAACAGGAAUACGACUUCGGUGCUGGUCACAAUCAGCAACAGGAAUACGACUUCGGUUCUAGCCAACAUCAGCAGCCACAGCAGUACGUAGGCCACGGCGACGGGAAACAUCCCAAAGUGUCAGUGAUCGAGAAAAAGGUACCGGUGCCGGUACGCGUUGAUGUGGUGAAACCUGUGCGGUACUUGGUACAGGUGCCGGUGGAUCGGCCGCGCGCAGUGCACGUGCCCAAGCCGUACCCGGUCAAAGUGGAGAAGGAUGUGCCGUACCCGGUCAAGGUGUACGAGCCGCAACCGUACCCGGUGCAGAAGGACGUCCCGGUGGCUGUCAAGGUGCCGUACGACCGUCCCGUGCCGGUGCACGUUGACAAGCCGUAUCCCGUGUACAAGGAGAAGAUCGUCCGGUACCCGGUGUACAAGCAGGUGCGUGUGCCCGUCAAAGUUCCAUACGACAGACCGGUGCCCGUGCACGUUCCGGUCGUCAAAAAGGUGCCAUUCCGUGUGGAAAAACCUGUGCCCGUGCCCGUCAAGGUGCCAUUCAUUAGACCUGUGCCGUACAACGUGUACAAAAACGUGCCCGUCCCGUAUGAGAAGCCCGUUCCGUACCCGGUCGAGAAAAAAGUGCCAUAUCCGGUCCGAGUUCCGGUCCAUGUGCCCGUCCACGUUCCCGUCAAGAUCGAAAAACAACAUUAUCAACAUCAACAACAACAACAACAACAACAGCAUCAACUACAUGAGAACCACUACACGCAACAGCAUCAUCCGCAGUCCGAAAAGUUCACCCAACAAGACGCCGUCGUAGAUUUUGGAGGACACCACCACCACCAACAACAACAACAGCAACAACAGCAACAACAACAACAACAGCAUCACUUUGUCCCGGACUUCAACUCGCAGCACAAUCAUCAUUCGUCGUUUUGAUGACUUGUGUCACAAAGUUAGUUUGACCGGGAUAAACAGCUGCUAACCGAUUCGUUUCGAUUCGUUUUUUUAAAUUGUUUGUACCUACCUAAAAAUAAUUAUUAAAUAUUAUGUCGUGUAAAUAAUACUAUAUAUAUAUAUAAUAUAAAACUUAAAUAAAACCAUCGACUUGUGUCCUUGCAGAUAAUUAUCGAUUUA